AUGACAAAGAUGUCUUCCAAUCUGUCGAGACGAAAUAAAAGCUUAAAGCAGAUCUUGCAGUCAGAGAGGGAAGCGGAGAUGAGAGCGGCAGGACAAAAAUUUAAAGAGAGGAAAAGAAAGGAAGCUAUGCCUCAAAGAAGUAGGUUAGUAGGGGCGGCAUUGCAGGCGGUAGCGAGGAGAGAGGAAAGGGAGAGAUUGGCCAAGGAGGCAAAGAAGGCUGUGGCUGGCCAAGAUGGGCAAGAAGAGGUGAAGAAAGAAGAAGCGGUGGAUGUGGAGAUGAAAGAGAAGCAAGCCGAGGGUGAGGCGGAUGGAGUGGAGGAGGAGAAUGAGGGUGAGAAAAGGGAUCUUCCCAGUUAUUCAUCGGUGGAAGCACCACCAAGUCUUCGACCAGCGAAAAAGUAUUGCGAUGUUACGGGUUUGAUCGCUCCCUACACCGACCCGAAAUCAGGAUUGAGGUAUCACUCAGUGCAAGUAUACGAGAUUAUCAAACAGUUCGGCCCUGGCGUUGAUAAUGCUUACCUUUCGCUUCGUGGAGAUGGCUCACAGAUCAAGUAG